CACGUUCCAAUUGACGUUCUUGACGUUCUUGACAGUGUGGCAAAAACAAAAUUUCUCUAAUUCUUUGAUCACCAAUCCGCUGAAAUCGUCGAAAUGCCUAAAAAGAAAACGGGUCAACGUAAGAAAGCCGAGAAGCAGAAACUUCGACAGAAAGAAAUCCGAAGUAAAGAGAUCGAUUUUGCUGAAUUUCCAUCAAAUGCCGUGAUGGAGUGUGAGAAAUGUCAAAAGAAGCAGAAGAGUCGCGCAUUCUGUUACUUCUGUCAAUCUCUUCAACGCCUUCCAAUCUGCGCACAGUGCGGAAAAAUCAAGUGCAUGCUGAAAACUGGCGAUUGUGUCAUACGUCAUCCGGGUGUUUUUACCACAGGCUUAGGAAUGGUCGGUGCAAUUUGCGAUUUCUGUGAGGCGUGGAUUUGUCACGGCAGAAAGUGUCUGCAGUCGCACCCCUGUUCUUGUCCGCUACAAGACGCAACGUGCGUAGAAUGCGAGCGAGGUGUCUGGGAACACGGUGGUCGAAUAUUCAAAUGUUCGUUUUGUUUGGGAUUCCUUUGCGAAGACGAUCAAUUCGAGCAUCAGGCAUCGUGCCAAGUAUUGGAGUCCGAGAACUAUAAGUGCCAAUCAUGCAACCGUAUCGGACAGUAUUCGUGUUUGCGGUGUAAGACUUGCUACUGUGACGAUCAUGUCAAGAGGAAAGGUUUCAAAUACGAGAAGAACAAGCCGAUACCGUGUCCCAAGUGCAACUAUGAAACGUCGCAAACCAAGGAUCUUAGCAUGUCCACCCGAAGUCACAAGUAUGGCCGUCAAGCUCAAUUCGACGAUGAUGAUGAUGAAGGCGGAGAGUACAAUUACGGUGGAUCAUCAUAUUAUGCCGCUACGUCGUCUGGUUACGGAAAUUAUGGGGCGUAUGGGGCAUCCAAGGAUGAUGAUGAAUCCGACGAAGAUUACGAUGACGACGACGAUGAUGAUGAUGAGGAGGAGGAGGACAGUGAUUCCAAUGAGUCGAAUGAGGAGGACGAAAAAACGGCAGCGGAGAAACCGAAAGAGAAAAAUUAAAUGGCAAAAUGGCCGGACGGCCAAUUUUUAAUCAAAAAAUUUUCCUUUUUUCGAAUAAAUAAAAUGAAAUCACAAAAAAGGUG